UCUUGAUCGUUGGACACUACUUCCGCCCGGCAGCGUGUUUGAUUUUUUUAGCCGUGGUCCACAUUUUUACUGGACUACUGUAAGUUUAACUUGAACACAAGCCAUAAUGGUGAAGUUGUCUGCUGAGUUGAUUGAGCAGGCUGCUCAGUACACAAACCCCGUGCGAGAUAGAGAAUUGGAUCUUCGCGGGUACAAAAUACCAGUCUUGGAAAAUCUUGGCGCCACCCUGGACCAGUUUGACACCGUAGACUUCUCCGAUAAUGAAAUCAGGAAGCUUGAUGGAUUCCCACUUCUUAAGCGCCUCAAAACGUUGAUUAUGAAUAACAACAGGAUAUGCCGUAUUGGUGAAAACCUUGAACAGUCCCUACCAAACAUGAAGGAGCUUGUUCUCACAAGCAACAACAUCCAAGAGCUGGGUGAUCUUGAUCCUCUUGCUACAGUGAAGACCCUGACUCUCUUAAGCUUGUUAAGAAACCCUGUUACCAAUAAGAAGCACUAUCGGCUUUACGUGAUCAGCAAAAUCCCUCAAGUCCGGGUUCUAGACUUCCAAAAAGUCAAACUAAAGGAACGACAAGAGGCGGAGAAAAUGUUCAAAGGCAAACGAGGUGCUCAGCUUGCAAAGGAUAUUGGCAAGCGUACUAAAACGUUCACCCCUGGGGCUGUGCUUCAGGCUGAUAAGAAAAAGACUGGGCCCUCGCCUGCUGAUGUGGAGGCUAUAAAGAAUGCCAUUUCCAAUGCGUCAUCCCUAGCGGAGGUGGAGAGACUGAAGGGAAUGCUCCAGUCAGGACAAAUUCCUGGACGAGACAUCAGACAAGCAGGUACAGGCGUGGUGGAGGAGGAAGAGGAGGAGGAAGAGGAAGAGAAUGAGGCCAUGCAGACGGAGGUGGAGACGCCGAUGGAACAGAGUGGAGGAAAGGAACAGCCAGAGAAUGAGGGUGGUGAUGAGGAGGAGGAAGAGGAGGAGGAGGAGCAGCAGCAGCAGCAGCAGCAACAGCAACAACAACAACCGCAACAACAACAACAACAACAGCAGCAGCAGCAGCCUCAGAAGAAGGUAGAGGAGGAGGAGGAGGUGGAGGAAGAAGAAGAGGAGGAGGAGGAGGAAGAAGAGGAGCAGGAACAGGAGGAAGAGGAGGAGGAGGAAGAAGAAGAGCAGGAGGAGGAGGAUGAAGAGGAAGAAAAUGGUGGUGAGAAUGGAGAAGGGGAUGAAGAUGAAGAUGAGGAGGAAGAGGAUGACGACGAUGAGGAGGAAGAUAUGGAUGAAGAUUCACAUGUGAAUGGAUCCGGUUAAAUGUUUUUGAAAGUUUAAGAUUCUGUGUUUUGGUCUACAUUUUGAGAGGAUUAUGUGUAAUGUGCAUGAUUUUGACAUUUUAUGUUGGUUCUUACAUUGUAAGUGAAAACUUUUUCUUUUUUAAUUAAUAAAGAUUUUUGUAAAUAUUGA